CCUCCCUCCCUCCCUCCCUCUCUCUCUCUCUCUCUCUCUCUCUCUCUCUCUCUCUACAUACACUGACUUGUCCUGUUUGGUGAAGUAUUUUUGGAUAGCCAGGUCAGAAAAUGGGUGAUAUUUCGUAUUCCAAUGGAACCAACAACGGGAAUGGGAAUGGGGGUGGGAAUGUGAAUGUGAAUAGAAAUGGAGUGAAUGGCAAGGGCCAUUCAGUGCUGAAUGGAUACAGGAAGAGCUGUUGGUAUGAGGAAGAAAUUGAAGAAAAUUUGAGAUGGAGCUUUGCUCUUAAUAGUAUAUUGCAUACAGGAUCAACUCCAUUUCAAGACAUUGCAUUGCUGGACACAAAGCCAUUUGGAAAGGCUUUAGUAAUUGAUGGAAAGCUUCAAAGCGCUGAGACGGAUGAAUUUAUCUACCACGAAUGUCUUGUCCACCCACCACUUCUACAUCAUCCAAAUCCAAAGAGCAUCUUCAUCAUGGGAGGAGGUGAAGGCUCAACUGCAAGAGAACUUCUGAGGCACAGGACUGUGGAGAAGGUUGUCAUGUGUGACAUUGAUGAGGAGGUGGUAGAGUUCUGCAAGUCAUAUUUGACUGUAAACAGUGAAGCUUUCUGUGAUCCAAGACUGGAGCUCAUCAUCAAUGAUGCCAGGGCUGAGCUAGAACACAGGGAAGGGCAGUACGAUGUGAUCAUUGGUGACCUAGCAGACCCAAUAGAAGGAGGCCCAUGUUAUAAACUCUACACCAAAUCCUUCUACGAGUUUACUGUCAAACCAAGACUCACCAAGGAAGGCAUUUUUGUCACACAGGCAGGUCCUGCUGGAAUUUUCAGCCACACAGAAGUAUUUUCCUGCAUUUACAAUACUUUGAGGCAGGUCUUCAAAUAUGUUGUGCCUUAUUCAGCUCAUAUUCCUUCUUAUGCUGAUACUUGGGGAUGGAUCCUGGCUUCAGAUACCCCUUUUGAGCUUAGUGCCGAUGAACUAGACCUCAGAAUUAAACAAAGGAUCACAGGGGAGAACAGAUACCUAGAUGGAAAAACAUUUUCAUCAGCUUCUACCUUGAGCAAAGCUGUUCGGAAAUCGAUGGUCAAUGAGACUCAUGUGUAUACAGAAGGAACGGCAAGGUUCAUAUAUGGCCAUGGCCAUGGGAGUGCCUACAAACUCAAUUAAGCUUCAAGAAAUGGAAGAGUGAAGAACCACUACCAAAAGAGAAACAUGAAAGUGCUGGACCAAAAAAACAAACAAGAAACAUGAGAGUGCAAGUGGAAGACAAUCUUCUGUCUUUUUUUUUUUUCAGCUGUAUUUCCUUCUUCUUUCUUUUUUUGUGUAGUAACUUAUAAAAACUAUGAUAUAAAUCUUUGUUUGUGCCUUUCUUGAGA